AUGGGCUCCUGCUGCAGGCUCUCGCUACAUAAGCAGGAACGGCAGCAAGCGCAGCAGCAGCAGCAGCAGCAGCAGCACGUGCAGCAGCAGCAGCAGCACGUGCAGCAGCAGCAGCAGGCGCCGCAGCAGCCAGGAUCUGCUGCAGCAACUGCUGGAGGUAGCAGCUGCAGCACUGCCUCAGCAGCAGCAGCAGCAGCAGCUGCUGCUGCUGCUGCUGCUGCAGAGAAGGUCUACGUAACAGCUCCUCUCUUCUACAGCAACGGCUGUCUGCACUUGGGCCAUUUGUACAGCGCAGUGCUCGCUGAUGCUGCUGCUGCUGCCCUUAGUCUCUUUGCUGCUGCUGCUACCCCUGAAUCUGCUGCUGCUGCAGCAGCAGCAGCAGCUUCAACAGCAGCAGCAGCAACAACAAGGCCUGGCCGGGCAUUCCCGGGAGCGACUGCAGCAGCAGCGGGAUCCGUGGCAGCUGCAGGACAUACAGCAGCAGCAGCAGCAGCAGCAGCUGAAGCAGCAGCAGCAGCAGCAGCUGAAGCAGCAGCAGCAGCAGCAGCAAAUGAAGCAGCAGCAAAAGACUAUUUGCUGCUGUGCGGCAGCGACCAGCACGGAGUGAAAGUGCUUGAGGCUGCGCGCUGCUGGUGGCUGCAGCUGCCGCAGCAGCAGCAGCAGCAGCUAGCUGCUGCUCAUUUCUCUGCAGCGGCUGCUGCAGCUGCUGCUCAGGGCGACUCCUCCGGAGCAGCAGCAGCAGCAGCAGCAGCUGCUGCUGCUGCUGCUGGAGGCAGCAGCAGCAUCCCCUGCUGCGUGCCAGUCAAGUGGUUUGUCUCUCUUCUGUCGCUGCAGGCGCAGCAGCUGCUGCAGCAAACUCAUAUUUGCUGCAGUUGGUUUGUAGAGACAGCAGCAGCCACUCGAACCUGCUGUACGUACACCCCAAGCCUGGCCCAUUUGCUGCAGCAGCAGCAGCAGAGCCCGCAGCCGGCACACACUCUGCAGCAGCAGCAGCAGCAACGGCUGCAGCAACAGCAGCAGCAGCAGCAGCAAAAGAAACACGACUUACCGCCGCAUGCUGCAGUUGCUGCUGCUCUGUGGCGAGCCCUGGAAGCCAGGGGAUUUAUAUAUCGCGCCCCAGUGCAGCAGCAACAGCAGCAGCAGCAACAGCAGCAGCAGCAGCAGCAGCAGCAGCGGACGCUGCAGCAGUCGCCAGCAAAAGGAGGUGGCGAAGAGGAGGCGGACGUAUGGGAUGUGGAGCAGCAGCUGCCACAGCAGCAGCAACAGCAGCAACAGCAGCAACAGCAGCAACAGCAGCAGCAACAGCAGCAGCAACAGCAGCAACAGCAGCAGCAGCAACAGGGAAAAGACGGCGAGGACUAUGCAUAUUUCUUUGCUCUGAGGCGUCUCCGUCCCGAAAUAGAAAAGUUGCUGCUGCAGCCUUCGUUGCUGCUGCCAAAAGGGCAGCAGCGGGAGCUGCUGCAGUUCCUCCCUCGUCAGCAGCAACAGCAGCAGCAGCAACAACAACAGCAGCAGCAGCAACAGCAGCAGCAACAGCAGCAGCAACAGUUGCAACAGCGCCAAUUCAACCCCAAGCCCGAGCAACAGGACCAUGGCCAGCAGCGGUCGCAGCAGCGCCAGCAGCAGCAGCAGCAGCAGCAGCAGCAGCAGCAGCAGCAGCAGCAGCGGGGGAGUGGGGCUGCAUGCAUGCAGCUGCAUUUGGGGCUUGCCAGUGCCUGGCGACCCUUCGCAUGCAAUUUAUGUUUGGCUUGA